CAACAGCCACACGCCUCACACACACCACACACUCUCCAACAAACCAAUCUUUCCCCAAUCCGAAAAAAAUGGCUUCUCUCUCCGGCGCUAUGGUGACCACAUCCUUCCUCUCAAUGAAACCGGCGGCGGAAAGCACCCGGAGCGCGGUCUCUCUCGUCAGGAGGGAGCAAUCGGGGAUCAACAAGCUGUCCUCCGCGGCGUACGGCGGCGCCGGCAGGCUGAACCGCCUGAUCUGCCUGUCCGCCGCCCCUCACAAGGUGAAGCUGGUGACUCCGGGCGGGACGAAGGAGAUCAGCUGCCCGAGUGACCAGUACAUCCUGGAUGUGGCGGAGGAAGCAGGUAUGGAUCUUCCCUACUCGUGCCGCGCCGGAGCGUGCUCCUCCUGCCUCGGAAAGCUCGUCUCCGGCACGGUGGACCAGUCGGACGGGAGCUUCCUCGACGACGAUCAGAUCGGGGACGGAUAUGUCCUCACCUGUGUUGCUUACCCUACUUCUGACUGUGUCAUUGAGACUCACAAGGAAGAUGAACUUUAAACUUCCAAUCCUUCAUUUGAUCGAAUUAUUGUUCUGUGUAAUCUCUCAAUUGAUCUUCUUCUUCUCUUUUCGUGUAUCAUCCUUCUUUCAAUGAAGGCCAACUUGUUUGUUUUAGAUCCAAUUAUUUGAGAUUAUGGUGUUAUUUGAUCUGCGUUUUUGAAAGUUGAAUCUCUGUCGGUUGUCAAGUAUGGUUCCAAUAACAGCUUUUGGAGGUU